CACAACCCUCCCCGCCGGCGGCCAAUGAAAGUUGGAAUUCCAGAACCCUCCCCGCCAGCAGUCAUUGAAAGAAGUUGGAGUUCUGCCACUAUUGUUGAUGGACCUCGUACCACAUACAUUCUCUCUCUCUCUGUGGGUCUGGGGACACAGUAGCUCAUAUGUGAGGAUUCAUACUUACAUAGUUCGAAAGAUGUCUACUGCUAGUUUCAUGGUCCAUUCUGCAGAUUCAUCUCUAUUUUGCAGUCUUAGACCAUCCAUUAGCAUCCAGCAAUUCAGCAGGACCAAGUAUCAGUUUGUUAAGGUCCACCAGAUCUCAGGAACACGAAUUUGGCGAUCAUUUCACAUCCAUAACAACACACACUGUGCAACAAUAGGAAGGAAUUGUCAUCGAGCAUUUCUGUCUGAAAAUGAGUUUGACCAUGAACCCUUUUGGCUGAGUAUGAUCAAGGAUGUUGGCUGGAGUUUGAAAUCAUUAGCUAUUUUUUUGGCUGAGCAGCCAAGUCAGUUGAGGUACAUAGAGUGGCCAACAUUUCAAAGCACGUUGAAGACGUCAUGCCUCACCCUUGUUCUUGUAGCAUUUCUUAUUGUUGCAUUGUCCACUGUUGAUUCAGCCCUGUGUUAUAUAUUGGCUUUGCUGCUCAGGAAAGCCACGUGAGACAAUGGGCCACUUGACAAAAUGUCGCUGCUAGCAUCAAAUCAGAUGGUAGAUCAUCACUUGAAAUGACUAGGCCCUUCAUAAGUGCUGCUCUGGUGAUGAAUGAAGACAAUUGUUGGACAAUCUUCAGUCCUGCACGUCAUGAUGGAUAUAAUCAAAUUUAUCGCAAAUGGAACUCUAUUUCAUCUUGCAACAGUAAAUUUUUAUGAGUAGGCUUGCUGAUGGCCAAGUUUAUGGCUGAAAUCCAGUAACUAAAUGGUACUUACUAGUUCUGGAGUUGUGGAUCAUGUCCAAGUUAUCCAGUCUUUUCAGGUUUUUACAC